CUAGUUUAGUUACAACUCAGAAAACAAAGACAACUGUAGCAGUUUGCAAUCUCCUCACUCUUGAUUCUGUCUUAAAGAACACAUUACAAUAGUUCUCUUCUUUAUUUCCAGAAGGUACACUAUUUUCCCUCCACAUCAACAAAGGCAAGAAGAAAGAGAGAAGAAAAAAAAAGGCUAUUUAUCAAGCAUAAUCACAACUCAUUAUCAGAAUGAGCAAUCACAAGGUUGAAACUGAAAGCAGCUACAAUAAUUAUGCUAAACCUAAGAGUGUGCCUGGUAUUGAGGAAUCUGUUUCCAGCCAGCCAGAAAAAAGAGGAAGAUUGGAGUCAAGGAAGAAACUGAAGAAAGUAAGGUCAAUAAGGCUUCUAAGAAUGUCAAGCAUGAGAUCAUCAUCCUCUAGAGGAGGGAAACCCCAAUAUGAUAAUCUCUCAAUUCUUUCAUCUGUUGGCACAGAAAAUUCAGUGCCUCCAACCCCACCAAUUGAGAAGCCAGAUGCAUCACCCAAUUACAUGAAGGGUACUAGUAGUUCUCAUGCAAAGGAUAGUUUUCAGGUAAAUUUUCUGAUUUUGAAAAGGAAACUGAAUUCAUCAAGAUCAAUCAAGCUUGCAACUUUCAAGGGCCAAAAAUCAAAAAGAAACCAUUCUGAAUCCAUUUAUGGCAGUGAUGGCCAGAAUAGAAAGAGUACAAGUGAUAUGCAAUCUGAAUCCUAUGCUGGUAACAAAUCCCAGAGAGUCAUUACCAGAAGAUUAAGCUUGAAGCCUGUGAGAUUCUUAACAAAAAUGCCGACUUUCAAAUCAAAGAAUUCUUCCAUGGAGAAAGGCCCUAAGAAGAUGUCUCAAUCCCAAGACUCAAGCUUGCAUAAAGCCACCUGUUCUUCCACUCUCAAAGGUUCCCAUUUCCCUGAUCACAUUGAGCUCCCACAAGAGGGAAGUGGUUCUCAAGAAGUAUCAGCUAUGAAGGUUUGUCCAUAUACUUAUUGCUCUCUUCAUGGUCAUCGCCAUGGCAAUUUGCCUCCACUGAAGCGCUUUGUGUCAAUGAGGAGGCGUGUGUUGAAGACUCAAAAGAUAAUGAAAAUGGAUGGUCAACCUGUUACUAGAUCAAAGAAGUUUGGUAAUGUAAGGAAAGACACUCAGAAAACCAUAACUAUCCACAGUGAAGAAGAUUCCAAGGUGACUGAGACAGCAGGGAAUGACAAGAAUAUAGCUGCAUGCAAGAAAAAUGAUGAAAGUGGUGCUGUGGAAUCAACUUCAACAGAUGCAAUCAUGUUUUCUGCUUCUGAUAUUGAGAUGUUGGAGGGAGAAGUAACUACCAAAGGCAAAAAAUUUGAGCCAGAUUAUGAAGUACUGCAGAUGAGUUCUGCACAGAAAGAGCCUAAACCUGCUAGCACUACUGAUGUGGCCUAUGGAAUGCAGCAAAGAGAUCACAAAUAUAUAAAAAUGUGGCACUUGAUGUAUAAGCAUGCAGUGUUAAGUAACACAGGAAAGUGUGAAAAUAAGCUUCCUUUUGAUGAGAAGGACAAACAAGGAAGUGGGCAUGAUGCUCUCCUAUUUGAUGGAGUAAACAGCUCUUCUUGUCAAGAUUAUUGUGAAACUGAUCAGGAUAAGGAUGAUGAAAAUAAGAAUGUAAUUGAGCUAGUGCAGAAAGCAUUUGAUGAAAUCCUUCUCCCAGAACCUGAAGACCUUUCUUCUGAUGAUCAUUUCAAAUCUAGAGGGAUUGGUUCACAUGAGGUGAUCUUAGAAAAGAGUGAAGGCAAGAGAGAAGAAACGAAUGCCUCAACAUGCUCCGAAUCUCCUAAAGAAGCACAGAAGAUGGGGACCAAACCUGACAAAAAAACACCAAAAAGCUGGAGCAAUCUGAAGAAGUUGAUCCUCUUGAAAAGGUUUGUAAAGGCAUUAGAGAAGAUAAGAAACAUCAACCUACGAAGACCAAGACUUUUGCCUUCAGAUGCUAACUUAGAAGCAGAAAAAGUUUUUCUCAAGCACCAAACAGCAGAAGAGAGAAAAAAUGCUGAGGAAUGGAAGCUGGACUAUGCACUUCAAAAGGUUAUUUCUACACUUGCACCUGCUCAAAGGCAAAGAGUGGCACUUCUAGUUGAAGCUUUUGAAACAAUUUUGCCAUUUCAAAAUGCCGAAAAUGGCCAAGAGUCUUCUGCAACAGUGCAAUCUCAAGCAAAUCCAAUUCAAUCGCUUGAUGAUUCCUCAGAUCAUAGCAAGGAAGAAACUGACAAAGCAAAGGAUUAUGGUUAUUCUGCUAAGAUAUUUCUUGGAAAAACAUCAUGCUUUCAUAAUAGUACUAUGGAAUUUGCAGAUAAUGCUAGUGAUAAUCCAAUGCCUGAACUUCACAUUCCCGUUGUGAUCAAAGAAAGCAGUCUUGACUAUCUUGGGGCUAACACAGUGAAGAAUAGGCCUGCAUCUGGAGCCACUGAAGAAGACUUAAAUGGAAAGCAAGAUUUAGCCAGCAGUCAUGAAAAUGGGGAGAAAAUCUCAAAUGACAAUGAUAAUAUUUAUCUUGAAGAGGUCAAAGAUUCCAGAUCAUGGUCCUUAAGUAAGCCAAUUGAAAUUAUAAGCAGCUGUCAUGAGGAGGCUCAAACCAAUGAAGUUCCAGAAGAUUUUAUAUCAAAUUUGCAUGCAGAAAACCCAAAUAUCAAAUGUGAGUCACCUGGAAGAGAUUUUGAAACCAAGAAUCCAAGUGGUGAUAAUAGGGAGCAAACUUCUGUGUCUAAAAGUUCAAUCCUAGAAGGACUUGUCAGAUCACUUAGAUCAAAUUUGGUUGGUUCAGGAGCACCUUCAAACCUAUUAGAUGAACAAACAGAAGACAGAAAAGAAAGGAUUGAAAAAGCUAAGCUGGAAACUGGGAGUCUUGAAGAGUUCCCUACCCAUGAACAAUCUGAAGCUCCUAUGAGUGCUGUUGGAGAGCCUGAGACUCAGCCAGAGAAACAGAGUUACAAUGGACUGUGGUACUUGGUGUAUAAGCACAUGGCAUCAGAUGCAGCUGAAAACAGUUCCCAGUCACUAAUUGAUGGAGCAGAUGAGAAAGAGUCAGGUACACCUAUGAUUAAUCAAGAUAUGCACUUCAAAGAUCAUGUUGUAGUUGAUCCAGAAGUUGAACUCCAACAGAUUGAAGCCAUCAAGAUGGUAGAAGAAGCAAUUGAUUCAAUCCUCCCAGAUGUUCAGGACCACUUACCAGACAACACAGUUUCAAACAACUCCAAACAUUCAGACAGAACUGAAAGAGUGUGCAGUGGAGGCCUGAAUCAAAAAGAAGAAAGAAUGGAAUCUGGAAAUGGAAUAAACCAAGAACAAGAAGAAGAAGGAUCAGCACCAAAGGAGGGAAACAAACCAAACCAGUCAUUGUCUAGAAGCUGGAGCAAUCUUAAAAAAGUGAUCCUGCUUAGGAGGUUCAUCAAGGCAUUGGAAAAAGUAAGGAAAUUCAACCCAAGAGGGCCUAGAUAUCUACCUAUAGAGCCUGAUUCAGAAGCUGAAAAAGUUCACUUAAGGCAUCAAGACAUGGAAGAAAGAAAAGGCACAGAAGAAUGGAUGCUUGAUUAUGCACUUCGACAGGUUGUUUCCAAAUUAACCCCAGCUAGGAAAAGAAAAGUGGAGCUGCUAGUGGAAGCUUUUGAAACAGUCAUACCAACCACAAAAAAUUGAAACCAGCUUUACAUGCAAAAUACAUUCAAGCCAAACAAGAUGAAAGGUGGAAAAUCACUCUCCCCCAGAAGGAACUUCCAAUUUGUUUUUUCAAUUUACUCUCCCUCUUUUAUUCUUCCUGAAGUAUUGUAAAGUGAGGAGCAAUUGUUAAGUGUUAACAGCUUAAGGCUUGUUAAACUGUGUAAAUUAGAAAAUGGCUAGGACAAUGGAAAUCAUAUUC